UAACUCUGAUAAGCAACCACCACUUCGCUCCGGUGGUGCUCUGCCGCUCUCGUUCUCUCUGUUUCAAUCCUUGUGCGUGCGUGCUGGGUUAAAAGAUGGAUUUGCUCUCUGGGAGAGUGGUUCACGGGUGCUCGCCGUCCUGGAGAGGCGUCAAAUCGCUGAGAUUCCCUCCCCUGCUUGGUUCUUGGGCCGCCGGCAGCAGCGCGUUUCCUGGAUGCUCCUGCGCGCUAGCUGUUUGUAGAAAUGGGUCAGCGGUGGUGCCCUUUGCCAAGAAGAAGAGGAAGGGGUACAGCGUGGAGCCGCCUGAUGGAGAGGAGACGAAAGAUGGUGCUUCUGAUGAGAUAGAGGGUAUGGUCGAGGAUGUUGAUGGCGAGGAGGAGGGGGGCGACGAGGAGGAUGCUGGCGAUGACGAUAUAGUGGAUGACGAUGACAGCGACAAUGAUGAUGACUAUGAUUUCGAAGAUGAAUUUGAGAGUGAUGAUGAACAAGACCUUUAUGUUGGAGAUGGAGGUGCUGGUGGUGGAGUAUCACUUGCUGGUACAUGGUGGGGCAAGGAAGCUUUGGCAUUGGCCGAGGAGGUUUCAGCAUCAUUCGAUGGCGACUUGAAAAUUUAUGCUUUCAAGGCAACUGCAAAUUUAGAAAUCAGAGUUCGCAUUGAGAAGAUGUCCACUAGGUAUGGUUCUCCAACUAUUGAUGACAUUGAAGCGUACACAAUUGCGUACCGUGCAAAGUUGGAUGAUGCAGAGUCAGCAGGCAGGAUACCAAAGAACGUAUCCUUGGAGGUGUCAUCCCCUGGUGUGGAGAGAGUCAUCCGUGUCCCGGACGACCUUGAACGCUUCAAAGAACGGUCGAUGUAUGUCAGAUACGUUAUGACAAGCGAGGAUGCAGCCACGGCCCAGGAAGGCGACGGUGUGUUCAGGCUCAUUUCGUACGACGUGGACCUGUGUGAGUGCACCUGGGGCAUAGCCGAUGUUAAGAUAAACCGGCAGCAGACCGGCAAGGGCAGGCCUCUGAGCAAGAAGCAGAGAGAAUGGCGUCUGCAGACGCCGUUCGAGUCGCUGAAGUUGGUCAGGGUGUACUCUGAAUGUUGAGCAGCUUCUUUGACUAAAUCAUUGUUUCCAUCCGAGGUAACUUUUACAGAACCUCGUCCAAUUUUGCUGAACUACCACUGAUAGUCCAGUGUACGUGCAGUAGCUAGAUUGUUGCACCAUUUGUUCAUAUCCAGUGGUGAGAUGAGUUCUUUUCUCUUCUACUUAACAGAUAACACCUGAACUGUCCCUGUCCUGAAGUUUUGCCCUCUUGUUUGCCUCUUACAUAGUUAUAUGGCAGCAUUCCCUGCAUGUAUUUACUUGAUUGAUCCAUUAAUUGUUUCAUUUGGCCCUGAUAUA